AUGCUUUGUUCAGAUCUCAUACUGGGAAAUGUGUCCCAAACAUCUUUAACUAAGCUACUAAGUCACACUGAUGUCAUUAUUCAUAUGCACCUUAGGGAUGGUGAGAGAAUUGACAUCUGCAGUUAUGCUCAAUGCACAGAUAGAGACUGUGAAUGCAAAUCAGAUAUCCACUUUGUUAAGCCAUUGUCGGAUAGAUCUUGUUCAGUCACGUUACAGCUUCAUGCUGGUUGUUACCAUGACGUUUACACAGAAUUGAUGAAGGAUUCUUUUCCUGAUUUGAUUAUAGCGCCAAAUGCUGGUAUCGCUGCUUACAAGAGCUGGUUGCCAACUAUUGAACUGAUAAAGGAGAUCAAAGUCCCAGCAGUUUUCUCUGAUUUCUGUGAAGAAGCUUCACUUUUGGCAACUCGUUGCAUCAGCAGCAUAACUGGCUCACCUCCCAGCAUUCCUAUCCAGUUAAAUCCCUUCAGGCAACCUCUUGCAAUUGAAGACAGUGCUCUAUUACUUCCAUGCUAUUCAAAUUGCUUUCUUUUUGGUAUAUGA